AUGCUAUGGGCUUGUCGACGGUUCGGCAAUUCGCAGUUGGCGGGGCGUUUAAGGUGGAAAAGCACAGCAACGUCUGCUGUACCAACGAACGAGAAAGAUGUGCAAAAAGCGGCUUCCAACAUAGAUGAGAUCUAUCAGCUCGUUAAUCAAGUGACUACCCGAGAUCUUUCUGGGGAAAGGCCAAUACCACUUUUGAAGUUGGGAGGAAUGAUCGAUUCAAUAGCCAACGGGCAUGAGAUGCGAAGAGUGAGAAACAAGCUUCAACGAAAGUUUGGCAUGUCCUAUAACACGGUGUUCACUAGCUUGUUGAGAGUUGUGGCUGAUCCCAGCUUGUUCAAAAUGUCGAUGUUCCGUAGGUUGGGGUGGAAGCAAUAUUACUCUUUUGUCAAUGCUUUGAGAUCGACAAUUGGCGAUAGAGGCCUGUCCAAUGACCAGAAGAAGCAAAAACUUUAUCGGAUUAUCUCGUUUCAACACGAUCUGUUCCCGAAAGCUAGUGAGAAAGCAGGUUAUUUGAUACCUACCGAUGUGCACCAGUGGUUUUGGGAAAACUUGCCCAGAGAUGAGUCGUUUAAUCACCUCUACUUCCUGAUCAAAAACGACGUGCUCCUUUCUUCCUGCCCGUACGUGUGGAACUUUUCCAAGAGACUGAUGCAAGGGUCAGAACUAGAGAUGCAACUAGCUACUUUCGAGAUCUUCUUUCAUGAUAAGGCGCAUCAAGGCACUUUUCAACAAAAGUUUGGCAAGCUCCAUAGCUUUUACGCGAUGAACAAGCUUGUCAAUAAAGUCCUCAGCGGCAAGGACUUUAGAUUUAUUAAAUUGUAUCUAUCUUCUUUGUUACAGAAGAUGGAAUCGCUGAAGGAAGAUGGAGAUCGUCCGGAUACAAAGUCGAAAAAAACGCUUUUUAUUCGAUUUAGUAACACGCUGUUGUUUUACCUUUCGCAAACGGGAAACGUCGAGAUGUUCUUACAGACAUUUGAGAUCAGUUUGCAGUACAUGCGCAAAGCCCGCUUACUAAAAGACGCCAGGUUCAUGCAGGAAUAUCUAAACCCAUCUUUCCAUUUCAUCUUGAAGCUACUCAGACAGAAGGGUUUACAAGAGCAGGUUUUUCAUUUUAUCCGAGUAAUCCAGCGGGUGAUUCGGAGAAGAGAUCCGAAGUUCAGUACGCGGGUUGUAGGGGAGCUUGUGAGCUCACUGAGGUCUUUUAACGAUCCCAAAUUAAGCUGUGAAUAUAUUCUUUCAGCAUUCAACAUUAAGCAGACUGCGGCAUUGCUAAAUGAUCUAGGUUUAUGGGGAGCUAUUUUCCACGAGAACUCAGCGAAGCUAUCUCAGCGAAUGCUAGAAGCAGAAACCAAAGUUCAGGAAAAAAUAUUUCCCCGUUCGUUGCAGAUCGAGGGGACUCCUUCGAUACCGAUUUUAACGGAACUGUACAGAGUUCUGCUCUCGACAUGCGCCAGAACAAUGGGGCACGAAAUGUAUCAAGGCAUUAUUUUGGAGCUAUACUCAUCGUAUAAGAAAGCUCUAGAGGAUCAUAGGUUUCCAACGGCAAAGCAUGAUACAGGUAUCCUUUCAGUCUUUCUCUAUCACAUUCGCCUGGAACUGAAUAAUUCGAAGCUGGCUUUUGAAGUCCUCAAGGAUUUUUACUCUCAGAAAUUUGCUUCGAGCGUCAGAUGCACAACCAAGUCAUGUCCGUUCUCAUACGUCGUCUACAAGAACUACGACUUGACGCAAUCAGAUCUGUCCCACCUACUCCAUCUCAUGCAACUCAAUAGGGUACCAUUGCAGUUCCGCUUUUGCACUGCAAUGGUUCUAAGAUACCUGAAGCUAGGAAACGUGACGGAGGCUUACUUAUGGUAUAGAAAGAUCCUUCAUGCUGGUUUUGAAGUGGAUCACUUCGUUCUUAUCAAGGCUAUCACCGCAAAUGGGUGGGAAUAUCCAAAAAAUUUCGACAUGUCUCUAUUGCAUAGAAUAGAUCAACGGACGCUGGACUCCAAUGAAGAUGCAUUAUUCCUGGGGGAGAGCAACGAGCUUGAUGACCCGAACGCCAUUUCCGCAAGAGGCGAGGAUUCACUCCUCAGGGCUAUCAAUUUAGUGGAAGAACUGCGAGGGCCAAAGGCCAACAGCUCUCCUAUAUAG